UUGGUCCUCCAUGUACUUUGGGCAUCAUAUUCUGACAAACUCAAUCUCUCUUUCCUUCAUUCCCUCCCUCCCUCUUCCCCAAAAUCAUGGUAUCAUCAAAGAAGUUUAGAGGUGUUAGGCAAAGACAUUGGGGAUCUUGGGUCUCUGAAAUUCGUCACCCUCUUCUGAAGAGAAGGGUUUGGCUGGGCACGUUUGAGACGGCGGAGGAGGCAGCCAGAGCCUACGAUCAGGCCGCCGUCUUAAUGAGUGGCCGGAACGCAAAAACCAACUUUCCAAUGAGCCAAACAGCGGCGCAGGAAUUAGGAAAACCCAACAACAACAACAAUAAUAAUAAUAUCACUUCUUCAUCUUCUCCAAAGGGCUUAUCGGAGAUUCUUCAUGCCAAGCUCCGAAAAUGCAGCAAGGCACCGUCGCCAUCGAUGACGUGUCUCCGACUCGACACCGAAAAUUCCCACAUCGGCGUUUGGCAGAAACGUGCUGGUCAACGCUCCGACUCCAGCUGGGUCAUGACCGUUCAUCUCGGAAAAACGAACUCCUCCUCCUCCUCAACCUCCGCCACCGCCGCCGCCGUAUGCGGCGGCGACGGCGACAGUGGGUGGAUGAGGAAGAAUAAAAAAAGUGGCUGUUUUUCUGGUUUGAUCUCGUCGGAAGAUGGUGAUGGUGCAUUAAUGGCGGCGAGUGGGACCCAGAUGAGGAACUUGGAGAUGGAUGAAGAAGAAGAAAGAACUGCAUUGCAAAUGAUUGAGGAAUUGCUGAGCAGAAAUUAUGGUAACCCAUCGGAAAUUAUUCAAGUUCAAGAUCAUAAUCAAGGGGAAGCAACCUUUUUACCCUCUCUAAUUUAACUAAUUGAGAUUAUAUAUAUAUAUAAAAUUGUGCAUCUACAAUAUGAUAUGAUAUGAUAUAGUGUUAAAUUAUUAAUAACAAGGCUAAAUUACCCCCCAAGAAAAAGAAAGAAAGUUUGCCCUUUGUUUAAAA